CGCCCCCUUCUCUCUCCGUAUCUCUCUCUCUCCCUUCGUUCUCCUCUUCCUCAUCACUCUUGUUUUACGCGGGCUGUAAUCAUCCCAAUGGCUCUCGUCGACCAUGGACGAUGAUUAUGUUUCGGUUUUUCCAUUCGCAUCACGGGAAUAUCGCUCCAACGUCGACGCAGUCCAUGAGCACAAGGGGUUUUUCGCUUCUUAUGAGCGCUGAAGGAUAUUUCUACAUGUCGAGAGAUUGAAGAGACUUGGAGAACACGUUCAAUGCCGUUGGAACAUGUCAUAUGUUCCCUUUCAAGAUGCGAGGUAUGCUGCCCCCCCCUCCUACCGACACCAGCCCUCCUUCGCUGCUGCUCCCUCCUACGAGCAACCCGACUGGAAUCCUCGUCUGUGUGUGAUCAGUGGAAAUCAGCUCUACAUGUUGGACCAGGAGGAGGUUCAUCCUUUGUUGAUGCGCGAGCAGCGCUCGGAGUCGCACAGGAACAAGCUGCUGCGACGGACGGUCAGCGUGCCUGUGGAGGGGAGGCACCAUCCUGAAAUGGAAAACGCUCGGCUCCGGCGGAAGAGCAUCGCCACCGGGAAACAACCAAGCAUGGAGAUCCCACCCACUGCCCCCCCACAACCCUUCCGACAAUCUGUGAGUACCCCGCCGACCCGUCCCGGAUCCCUGUCUCCCUUCCUCUCCCUCUCGCUCCCGUUCGCACCUCUGCCCCUGUCUCCCUCCGCCGGCCUCUCCACUUCACAGUCCCAGAAGAGAGUCAGCACCCCUCUGCUUCCCCGUUCCCUGCCGCUCUCCCCGAGCGUCUCUCUGACUCUCCCUCCCUCUGUCCCGCUCUCUCAUUGGGCUGCUGGUGAGUGGAAGGUUGUGGGUUCUAAUCCAGGGACCGGACCCAGUGUGGCAGCUCUGCCCUCUCUUGAGAGUUUCCUCAGUAGAAGACUGAAGGGGUCCAUUAAGCGGGCCAAGAGUCAGCCCAAACUGGACCGAACCAGCAGCUUCCGCCACAUGAUCCUCCCUCGUUUCCGCAGCGCCGACCAAGACCGGACUCGUCUGAUGCAGAGCUUCAAAGAAUCACACUCCCAUGAGUCUUUGCUGUCUCCCAGCAGCGCAGCCGAGGCCUUGGAUCUGACACUUGAUGAAGAUGCGGUUAUCAAGCCUGUUCACUCCAGCAUACUCGGACAGGAGUACUGCUUUGAGGUGAUAACCACUUCAGGAACAAAGUGUUUUGCCUGUCGGUCGGCCGCGGAGCGAGACAAAUGGAUAGAGAAUCUGCAGAGAGCUGUCAAACCAAACAAAGACAACAGUCGACGCGUCGACAACGUUCUGAAGCUGUGGAUCAUCGAGGCCCGGGAACUCCCUCCCAAAAAGCGCUAUUAUUGUGAACUGUGCUUGGAUGACAUGCUUUACGCCCGCACCACCAGCAAACCCCGAACCGAUACCGUCUUCUGGGGUGAGCACUUCGAGUUCAACAACCUGCCAGCUGUCCGCAACCUCCGCCUUCACCUUUACAAAGAGACGGACAAGAAAAGACGCAAGGAGAAGAGCACAUACCUGGGCUUGAUUAGCAUUCCCAUUUCCAGCAUCACUGGUCGUCAGUUUGUGGAGCAAUGGUACCCGGUCAUUCAGCCCAGCGUCCUGACUAAGGGUGGUGGUGUUGGAGGGGGAAAAAUCAUCAACGCCUCCCUGCGGCUCAAGUCACGCUUUCAGACCAUGAGCAUCCUGCCGAUGGAGCUCUAUAAAGAGUUCGCAGAGUAUGUGACCAACAACUACCGUACGCUGUGUGCCGUUCUGGAGCCGCUGAUGAGUGUCAAGAGCAAAGAGGAAGUGGCCUGUGCUCUGGUGCACAUCCUGCAGAGCACAGGGAAGGCCAAGGAUUUUCUUUCAGACAUGGCGAUGUGUGAGGUGGACCGAUUUACCGAUCGAGAGCACCUGAUCUUCAGAGAGAACACCCUGGCCACCAAAGCCAUAGAAGAGUACCUCAAACUCAUCGGACAUAAGUACCUCAAAGACGUUUUAGGUGAUUUUAUCCGUGCGCUGUAUGAGUCAGAGGAGAACUGUGAAGUUGACCCAAUGAGGACUCCACCUUCUGUGCUGCCUGAUCAUCAAGCCAACCUCCGGAUGUGCUGUGAGCUGGCACUCUGCAAAAUCGUCAACUCUCAUUGUGCGUUUCCAAGAGAAUUGAAAGAGGUGUUUGCAUCCUGGCGUGUUCGAUGCGCUGAGAGGGGAAGAGAAGACAUUGCAGAUCGACUGAUCAGUGGUUCCCUCUUCCUGCGCUUCCUGUGUCCAGCCGUCAUGUCGCCAUCCUUAUUCAACCUCACACAGGAGUACCCCGACGAGCAGACCUCACGCACACUCACCCUCAUAGCCAAAGUUGUGCAGAACCUUGCAAACUUCUCAAAGUUUGGCAGUAAGGAGGAGUACAUGUGCUUUAUGAAUGAGUUUUUAGAGAUGGAGUGGGGCUCCAUGCAGCAGUUCCUGUACGAGAUCUCCAAUCUCGACAGCGUGAGCAACGCAGCUGCUUUUGAGGGCUACAUCGACUUGGGAAGGGAGCUCUCGAUCCUGCACAGUCUCUUGUGGGAAGUCAUGGCACAACUAAGCAAGGAUGCUAUCAUUAAACUCGGACCAUUGCCCCGACUUCUGAAUGACAUCAGCAUGGCCCUUCGUAACCCUCACCUCCAGCGACAGCCCAGUCAUCAGACGGACAGACCGCCUCCAGAGAGACAGACAGACAGGCUGCUCUCUAGGCCCAGCUUCAACAGGGGCGUCUCGUCUGAGUUCCAGAACCUCAUGAUGAGGGACCUCAACAGUUCAGUCGAAAUCACUCGCCUGCCCUCUCCAACCUCUGCCAUGUCCAGUGGCGGCGCCCCUCCGUCCCGGGCCGGAAUGGGAGGGUUUGCAGACCACGAUCAUCCUCACCGAGCCUCAUCUAAAGACGUUUUCUAUGUCGCCCGUCCCCCGUUGGCCCGCUCCAGUCCAGCGUACUGUACUAGCAGUUCUGAUAUUACUGAUCCAGACCCAAAGGCCUCGAUUGCCGGCCUCGGCAGCUACGGUGGGUUCCCGGGCUUGGGAGGAGGCCUCGGAGGACAGCUGCGUGCCGGAGGGCGUAUGUCGGCCGGAUCCGGGGGUUCCAGCAUGUCCGGGGGUCUAAGGUUGAACCAGCUGAGCCAGAUGGGAACCACCACCGACUCGCUGUCCCAGCAGCAACAGCAGCAAGCCGCCGCGCUCCGCUACCCCCUCUCCUUCCAGAACCCUCUGUUCCACCUGGCUGCUGAUGGUCCUCAGCUUCACCACCAGCACAGUCGAGCUCAACCUCCUCCUCCUCUCCUGUUGGCCCCAGAGCCGGACACCUCUCACCCAGCUUACAUCCCGCAGUUUGCCCACGGUGGCUUCUCCCGCAGCGAGGACCUCUCCACCCUCAGACCCGGCCCUCAUCUGGGUCAGCCGAGCAUCAUUCACUCCCACAGCUACAGCGACGACUAUAGCCGCCAUAACCAGAGCGAAUACGGCCGACGCCAAAUCCCCAUGCACAUGCAGGAGCAGCAGCAGAUGGCAGGCAUGGCAUCACAGACUGGCACAUCUCAUUCAUCGCUCGCCACGCCUCCUUCCACCGUUCAGCCUGUCCGUCAAAGCUCCAUGGCUCCUCCCACGCAGCGCAUGAAAUCACAACCCUCACAUCAGCUUUCCGUGAGUUCUGCCGCCGCCGCUCCUGCGGGCAAGACCAGGCCACAGAGCGGAAACCUGCUCCAGUCCCCGGAGUCUGGCUUCGGGGGCAGGCAGCAGGGCCCUCGGCAGCAGCUGUCAGUCAAAGACAGCACUCCGCCUGGCCUGCCGCAUCAGCAGAGCUCCACCAGAGAGAGCCAGGGAUCGCAGGGCUCUCAGGGCGGAACCCCACAGUCCACACAGCAAUCCAAAUCACAUCAGGAACGACAGCAGAUCCAGCAACAGCAUCUGCUCAAGCCUACCAUGAGCAAACAGGGCUCUUCCCAAUCUCCAACCACCCUUAACCCCUCGAUCCCUGCCUCUGAGCGAACGGUCGCCUGGGUGUCCAAUAUGCCCCAUCUUUCUGCUGACAUAGAGAGCUCCCGCAUCGACCGAGAGGAAUACAAACUCAAGGAGUAUUCAAAGAGCAUGGACGAGUCGCGUCUGGACAGGGUGCGUGAAUACGAGGAGGAGAUCAACUCUCUGAAGGAGCGGCUGAUGAUGUCACACCGCAAGCUGGAGGAGUACGAGAAGAGGCUGUUAACUCAGGAGCAGCAGACCAAUAAAAUCCUGCUGCAGUAUCAGAGCCGACUGGAGAACAGCGAGAGGAGACUGAGACAGCAGCAGAUGGAGAAAGACAACCAAAUUAAAGGAAUUAUCGACAGACUCAUGGCUGUGGAAGACGAGCUGAGGGGAGGGGUGAUGCCUGAGCAGAAACCCAGGAUGUUCGCAGACCAGGGGAGGCGACAGUCCAUCCUAGUGCAGCCCCGCCUUGCACCCGUCCCACUGCGAAUGCACAGCCAAUCACAAAGCUUUGUGGAGGACAAUCUGGAACCUAAUUGGAGGCCUCACCUUGGACAUUCUUCAGGGUGGCCAGGUUUUAAUUCCAGGGCGCUGUCACGCGAUUCGGUUGGUUGACAGAGGAGAAACUGAGGCUUUGACCUAGUGCCAGAGCCCAUCCAAAGAAAAAAUAUAGGUUCCCUUCCUCUGACGUGCCCUCUCUCUGAUAUAAUUCGAUAUGAUGACCGUUUGGGAUGCUGUCAGACGGCUUCUGCGUGCCUCUUGAUGGCACGAGAGAUGACGUCGCACACAGUGCAGUGGUUCGUUGAGAGCUGGAGAGGUUCUGAGGAUCAGAUCAAUCUCAAAGGUGCUGUUUUUUAGGUUCUUUACAUGUAGGAUAUUGAACAAUCCUCUACUUCUUCUCAUUAUGAUCUUCAUAUGCCACAUUAGCUCUGCCUGUCAUGCCUGCCUGUGUCUCAGUCAUGUCUUUUAUUUUGGGGAAACUGAAUAUACACAGCCUUUUUUUUUUUUUUUCAAGAGACGCUGAUUUGUCCAUCAGCGGAUUUGAUAAGAGGCUGGAAAUAUCUGAACUAUUGUUUCCUGGUGGUUUUCUACUUUUUGACUGGACCUCACCCAGAUAGGAUCACAUAUUUACAUGCUGGUAAUGUGAGACAAGAGCUUGAAAAGUAAAAAAAAAAAAAUCCUUUUUGUUUGUUUUUUGUUUUUUUUGAUUGUUGAAUUUAUGUGACAAUCUCUUUGCAAAGCAAAAUCAAAAACCUGUUAUUUUACCUGCUCCCCCUUCUCGCACUUUGCUACGUCCUGGAUCCUCACCGACUCCUUUGUAUGUGAAAGAAAGAUGGAUUCUUUUACUUUUUAAUUCUUUUUGGUUUUGCUGUGGAGUUCUUGAUUUCAUGGAGGACACCGCUUGGAUGUGGAAUCCUCUUAUUUAGAAAUUUGGCACGUUUGUAGGAUCGUGGGUGGUUUUUGAAGCCAAGUUGCUGUUUUAAAUUGAACUUUAUUUCCUUGUUUGGAUGCCAUUGCCGGGCAACUAGGACAUUUCUCUUCUUCCUUUUUACACCACUUGACAAAAAUAUAAAUGUUGAGAGAUCAUGCAGGUUAAAUAAUGUUGUGGGUGACUGUGUGUAUAUAGAGUGUGUGUACAGUCUUUAUGUAUAUACUGGAUGUAUGGAUGGUUAUAUAAUAUAAAUAUAAAUAUAUACAUGUAUUUUGUACAUAAAUAUGUUUGUAUAUGCAGUGUACAGAAUGUGUUCUUUUACACCGAUUUCUCUUUUUCUCGAUAUGUGGAAAAAGAAAAAGCAUAACAGGACUUUGUGGGAAUGAAAACUCCCGUUGGCGAGUCGUCGGCUGAGUUAUUCGAAGCACUUUUCGCUCAGGCUGAUUGUACGCAGUCCGAAACCUACAAUGCAUCGCCGUGAGUCCGCCAAACAUUUUGCCAGUCUGAAGCUUGCACUCAUUUUCUCACUGAUUGAGGUGUUUUGUAACAGAUUCUGGGUGACAAAGCAAUGGUUGUACAUAAAUAUAUAGGCUUAAUACCUACCAUAUGUUUGCAUAUAUCAGCUUUUUCAGACAUGAGUCACCUGCUAAUCUUUGCAGCUUUUGCAUCUCCACAAUGCAGUGCCGUGCGUCAGAUGAGGUUUUUUUGGUUCGCUGUACAAGGUCGAUCUCGUGAGACGACAUCCCCAUUUUACUCUGCUGAUCUUUUGUAUGGCCUGAUGCUUUAUUCCCUCAUUACUUGCCUAGCAACUCUUCCAUGCAAGUAAUCUCUUCUUUGUCCGCUGUAAAUGAAUGGAGUUCCCAUGAUGUGCCUCUUUCUAAUAAACUUUAGUUGGUCUCUGUCAGCCAUAAGCCAAUCACAGUCAUCUUUCUUGACAAGCCAUAAGCCCCGCCCCUAAAUUUCCAUUUUUGAAAAGGGCAGACACUUGGGAAUUUUAUUUCUUUUUGUAUAUAUUAUAUUAAUAGCAAGAGUGGUAUGUCAGAGUGCAUUACCGAUGUUUUUGGAUUUGUUAUGAAUGUUGAUAUUCUGGUUAUUGAAUUAUGAUUAUUAUUGUAAUAAUAUAAUAACUGCUGUUAUCAUUUCAUCAUUCUUUAGUUUAUUCAAUACUGUUAAAAGACUUUCAUUUCUUUUUGAAUAAAUCGGAAAUUAUAUUUUUCGGGUGGGCUAAUUAUAGAAAUGAAAUCAAUUAAACAGAUGAAUAAAGAAAUAAAUUAUUAUUGAAUUCA